AGCUAAUGCUAUAUAACCAGGGUAGUUACACGGUAGUUACCUAACAAUUAAGAAGCGGCUCAAAAAGUGUGGAGACGUUUCUUUUUUCAGCUGCUUGUCAGUCGUCACCAAACAGAAAAAAAGUUCUAAAAAACUUGAAUAAAAAUUUGGUGACAUCGUAAAUUUGUACAUAGUGACGAAACUUGCUCCUUUGCAUCUUAGCUACCAACGACUUGCACAUCGCAACAAAUAACCAGCACCAGAUUCUACUAAAACGAAAUAAGCCAAAAUGUUUGGAGGAUUCGCACCACCUCAGUUUUCUAAGGAAGAGCUCGAGGAGCACGAGGCCAUAGCUACCGCCACCGUCCAGCGCUUCCUUGCUACUGCCGUUAUACUCUACUUCGCCCCGUUCGCGAUCGAUGCUGUGUCAAGUGUAUUCUAAGUUACCUCACUUAGGUAACUUAGAGCGCGCGCGCGCAAAUCUCCGUUUUACGAUUAUGAAACUAGGCAUAUGGCUUUUGGGUAUGACUAUGACUACCAAGUAAGGUCAUUGAGGUCGGACAAUAGUAGCAUGUCAUAACGACUCUCCUAUAAAAAUAGCUACAGGUCAUUGCGUUAGAUGACCAGGAAAAGCUUAGAGAGGGACGGUGCACGGAUAAUACAAUGGCGCGAUACCCUUCAGGUGGAUAAUGCAUGUAUAGAUGGGCGAGGGCUUUGGGGUUCAUGAUCCUAUAUAUUAUAAGGGAUUAUGGAUUGGCUUGCGAACCCUCGAAUCAUAAUGUCAUAUCACUACUUCCAUUACGUCGGAGACUUUAGAGAUUCGUAAAUCGCACAAAGAGUAGUUGGGAAACCCAAUGGGAAACCCAAGCUAGAGAUUCCUCUCUAGACUAUAUCAGGAGAAUCAGACAACCCUAAACGCCGGGCUUUUAUGUGGUUUCCUAUGACCGGCUCCUAUU